CAAUGUGUCGACUUUGUUUUCAAGCAGUUUUCACAUAUAAAAUCAAUAGUGAAAAAGCGUAUGCUGUACAAUAUAUAAAUAGAAUUAAGUUGUUCAGACACAUAAGUUAUAUCAAAAUGGGUAGUUCUCGACAUUAUGCUAUGGAAUAUGAAGAUUAUCAUCCUAAUAUAAGUAAGAGUUCGAUUGAUGUGAAUUUGGAUACAGGGGAGCUCAAAGAAAGCUUUAAAGAUAUGCUUCGCACGCGUUCAGAGGAAUUAUUGAUGACUUUGGAAACAAAAGAAGAUUAUUGGAUGAAAUAUGGUGAUUAUUCUGUAUACACUGGAAUAGCUGGAAUUGCAUUUAUGUUUUACAAAUAUGGAAAGUGCUUUAACAAACCUGAUUACAUUGAUAGAGCAAUGGAAUUAUUAAAAACAUGUGUAGAUAAAUUCAAAAGUAAAAGAGAAAUAACUUUUUUAACUGGUAGUGUAGGACCAUUAGCAUUGAGUGCGGUUGUUUUAUAUUCUCAAGGGCAUCAUGCGGAAGCACAUAAAAUGAUUUCUGGAGUAAAAUCAGUAUCUUCUGUUGUUUUGAAUGAGAGUAGUUCCAUACCUGAUGAAUUACUAUAUGGAAGAGCUGGUUAUCUAUAUACUCUUUUAUUUUUAAAUGCAAAUAUAUCUCCCCCUCCUAUACAGGAUGAGCUUAUUAAACAGGUAUUAUCAUAUAGCAAUGAAAAGUAAAUUUAAAGAAAAGAUAACAGUGUUUUAACAAUUAUAAACAAAUAUGCCAGGUCAUUGCACUUAUAAUUAAAUCUGGAAAUCUGUGCUGCACAUGGACUAGGUGGGAUACUUUAUAUGUUACUACAGGCACGACAGUACUUAACACAAACUCAAUUAGAGAAAGACAUAAAGCCAGCAUUAGAAUUUCUUCAACAUUUACGAUACCCUUCUGGAAACUUCCCAUCAUCUAUUGGAAGCACCACUGAUAAAUUGGUGCAUUGGUGUCAUGGAGCACCAGGAAUGACUAUGUUAUUUUGUUUAGCUCAUAAAGUAUAUCAAGAUGAGAAUUAUUUAAAGACUGCUGUACAAUGUGGAGAAGUAAUUUGGUCAAGAGGGUUGCUUAGAAAAGGCAAUGGAAUCUGUCAUGGAGUAGCUGGAAAUGCAUACACAUUUUUGUGUCUUUUCCAAGAGACAAAGGAUUUGAAAUAUUUACACAGAGCUUCUAAGUUUGCACAAUGGUGCAUUUCCUCACAUGAACAGAGAAUUCCUGAUAGCCCAUUUUCAUUAUUCGAAGGUCUUGGUGGUACCAUUUAUUUUUUAGUUGAUAUACUACAUCCGCUCUCGGCGAAAUUCCCAGCAUACACCCUUUAA